AUGGUGGCUUGGCAUGACGCUUACACUCUAGGAGAUCAGGGCGAGCCAACGAUUAUAUUAGAGGUUGUUGCUUCACAAGAGUUGUGGAUAUGGCACGCCUUUUUCGGAAUCGCCGGGUCAAAUAAUGACACCAACGUUCUCAACCAGUCCACGUUAUUCAAUGACGUCCUAUCGGGCAAUGAAGCAGCGGUGCAUUUCCUCGCCAACAAUUCCUACCACACCAGAGGCUACUACUUAACUGAUGGCAUCUAUCCGGAUUGGCCGGUAUUCGUCAAAAGCUUCGCAUUUCCGAGCGACGAGAAGAAGCGAAGGUUCAAAGUGAUGCAAGAAGCUGCAAGGAAGGAUGUGGAACGAGCUUUUGGCGUUCUUCAAGCUCGUUGGGGUAUAAUUAGAGGCUCGUCUCGUCUAUGGAAGCAGAAGCAUAUGAACAGCAUCAUGUUUACGUGCAUCCUAUUGCACAACAUGAUAAUUGAGGAUGAAUGA